CACAAGGCGGAAGCCAUGGCGGAGGCGGUGGCUGCGGCUGCGGCGGGCGGGACGGGCGCGGGCGCGGGCUCCGGUUCUGCAGCGGACAGGGAGCGGGACCGCGCCGGGCGGAGGCUGCGGGUUCUUUCGGGCCAUCUGCUGGGCCGGCCCCAGGAGGCCUUGAGUACCAAUGAGUGCAAAGCGCGGAGAGCGGCGGCGGCGGCGGCCGCCACGGCGGCGCCCAGUGCCACUCCCGCCGCGCAGGAGUCGGGCACCAUCCCCAAGAAGCGGCAAGAAGUUAUGAAAUGGAAUGGAUGGGGAUAUAAUGAUUCCAGGUUCUUCUUCAAUAAGAAAGGACAAGUUGAGUUGACUGGGAAAAGGUACCCUCUUAGUGGCAUGAUUUUGCCAACUUUUAAAGAGUGGAUCCAAAAUACCCUUGGAGUAAGUCUGGAGCAUAAAACUACCUCUAAAGCAUCCUUAAAUCCUAGUGAUACACCUCCUUCUAUUGUAAAUGAAGAUUUUCUUCAUGACCUUAAAGAAACUAAUAUUUCAUAUUCACAAGAAGCAGAUGAUCGAGUAUUUAGAGCUCAUGGUCAUUGUCUUCAUGAGAUAUUUUUGCUCAGGGAAGGAACGUUUCAGCGAAUUCCUGAUAUAGUUUUAUGGCCAACGUGUCAUGAUGAUGUAGUUAAGAUUGUGAAUCUAGCGUGCAAAUAUAACCUUUGUAUCAUACCAAUUGGUGGAGGAACAAGUGUUUCAUAUGGCCUGAUGUGUCCUGCAGAUGAGACAAGAACAAUAAUUUCUUUGGACACUUCACAAAUGAAUCGAAUUCUCUGGGUUGAUGAGAACAACCUGACAGCUCAUGUAGAGGCUGGCAUAACAGGACAAGAGUUAGAAAGACAGCUUAAAGAAAGUGGUUAUUGUACAGGUCAUGAACCAGAUUCCCUGGAAUUCAGCACUGUAGGAGGAUGGGUAUCUACUCGGGCAUCAGGCAUGAAGAAGAAUAUCUAUGGCAAUAUUGAGGACUUGGUGGUUCAUAUAAAAAUGGUAACACCUAGAGGUAUAAUAGAAAAAAGCUGUCAAGGACCUCGAAUGUCAACAGGCCCUGAUAUCCAUCACUUCAUCAUGGGAUCUGAAGGAACUCUUGGUGUGAUAACAGAAGCUACAAUAAAAAUCAGACCAAUCCCUGAAUACCAAAAGUAUGGCUCAGUAGCUUUCCCUAAUUUUGAACGAGGAGUAGCCUGUUUAAGAGAAAUUGCAAAACAGAGAUGUGCUCCUGCAUCUAUUCGCCUCAUGGACAACCAGCAAUUUCAGUUUGGUCAUGCUCUUAAACCUCAGGUUUCCUCUAUUUUUACAUCAUUUUUGGAUGGAUUAAAAAAGUUUUAUAUUACAAAGUUUAAAGGAUUUGAUCCAAAUCAGCUAAGUGUCGCUACAUUACUGUUUGAGGGGGACCGUGAGAAGGUUCUUCAACAUGAAAAACAAGUGUAUGACAUUGCUUCAAAAUUUGGUGGAUUGGCAGCUGGAGAAGAUAAUGGACAGAGAGGUUAUUUGCUGACCUAUGUCAUUGCAUACAUUCGAGAUUUGGGUUUGGAAUACUAUGUAUUAGGGGAAUCUUUUGAGACUUCUGCUCCUUGGGACAGGGUUGUAGAUCUCUGUAGAAAUGUAAAAGAAAGAAUAACAAGGGAAUGCAAAGAGAAAGGUGUUCAGUUUGCUCCUCUUGCUACAUGCAGGGUGACUCAGACUUAUGAUGCAGGUGCAUGUAUCUAUUUCUACUUUGCCUUUAACUACAGGGGAAUCAGUGACCCACUGACUGUGUUUGAACAAACUGAGGCAGCUGCUAGAGAAGAAAUCCUUGCUAAUGGAGGGAGCCUGUCACAUCACCAUGGAGUGGGCAAGUUACGGAAGCAGUGGCUAAAGGAAAGUAUCUCUGAUGUCGGCUUUGGGAUGUUGAAGUCUGUCAAGGAAUAUGUGGACCCCAAUAACAUCUUUGGAAACAGAAACCUUUUAUAAAUCCAUUACUCUUGUUAAGAAAAAUGUCACUUUUUUUUUAAAGUCUUUAACUAUGGUUAUACCAGUAAUCAAAUAUAUCAUGGACUUUAUUUCAGCUACCUUUGUUUGUUGGUUUAAAAUAAGUUUGUUUCAUUCUGUAGUUUGUUUUGUUUCUACAUCUAUGGAUUGACAGACGGUGUUCCUAAAUCUCUCUCAUUGUAGGUGUAUCAGUUUACAGCCAACUGGUUGUCAUUUCAGAUUUCAGUCACGCAGCACAAGGCUGCCAGUGGUUAAUUUCAGAAGAAGAUGCUGCCAGCUGUUUUGUAUUGAUGCUGCUUCUUAGGAACAAAGCCAGAUUUUGGUGUCAUCUAUUGUUUCUCUAGCCUCUUUUAAAAGAACGUUUCUGGGAAGCAGCUAUCUAGGGAAGGAUUCCACUGAGGAGUGAUAUACAUGUAUGUUUUUUUUAAGAGUGUAUUCUAGUGUGAAUAGGUCAUUAAGGGAGAAUACCCAUGAAAGAAUAUAGGCAACCUCUUAUUUAGGAUGCCUUCAGUUCUGUAAGGUGCUUGGCCUACAUUUUUCUUUGAAAUUAGUAUACAGUUAUAAAACCUUAAAUCAUUAGUAUGCUUUAUUCUGUCAGGGGACAUGUUUUGUUCUCCAUGUUUCUGUUUCUACUGAGGUAUGAGUUGUAUUUGUAUCACUGAGAUAACAUAUUGUUAUAUCCUAAUACAUUCAUAAUACGUUUUAUAAGAAAAGCUGACUUAUCACUCAUUGUACGUGAAGAACAGGUUUACUAUGAAAGGAAUGUCUUUAUUCAACUUAGAGUUCUAAUGUUUCUCAUUUCACAUUCUUGUUGCUGAGAUGCAGAAGAAGCUACAACAGGAGCAGAAGAGGGAAGACUUCUUACACUGAAUGUCUCCAGUUCAAAGAACUGUUUUGGCUAAAGAAACACAGUCAUCAUUCAGCUACUGAAUUUGAAAACCUCAACAGUUUCAAUGACAAAAAACCUUUUUAAAAAAAAAUUAACCCAAACAACAUGAUAAAUUUCCAUAUAAAAGUAAAGUUUCAAUUUAGUUUUUAAUAAUGGUUUAAUGCCUUUUUUGAAUUACUGGUUUAACCUAAAUUUAAAAAAUAAUGUAUUAAUACACAUACCAUAAUCAAAAGUUUGAAAUAUCAUAUUUCUUAAACAAUAGGGAGAACAUUAACCACAUUUAGCAAACAUUUUUACAUUUAAACCUGGAUAUUAAAAUAAAUGAAAUGAUUACUUUGAAUCACUGUCUGUCAAGGUUCAUGGUUCACAUUUUGAGACAGAUUCUUUUCUUAAUGCAAUACCUAACUUUUGAUAAUUUUUUUAGAAUUAAUAUUUGAUCAGCUAAUGUGAGUCAAAAUGCAGACUAUCCUUUAAAAGGACACACUGUCUAUGUAGCAACAGCUCCAAAGUAUUUUUUGGGCAGUUUGAUACCUUUUAUAUCUGAAGUAGCCUUAACCAGAAAAUCUAAAAUUGAUUCACAAAAUGAUAUUUUAAGACUUCAAAAUGAUAAAUAAUUUUUAACAAAUAAAAUUGGCCUCAAACUAAUAAACUUAAAAUCUGUAAGCAAAUCAAAAUGAAAUAUUAGUUUAACAACAAAAACUAAAUAUUUAUUUAUUAGAAGCUGCCUCUCUUCAUUGGUGAUUUAUUUUUAAUUAUAAAAUUUCCAGCAGAUCUUUGCUUCAAGCCCUUGAUAUUUGAAAUAGUUGGAUACUUGAUGAGGAAAUUACACUUGCUUCUAGAAUUAUAAAAAUCUCAGCUUUAUGAAAUGCAUCUAUUCAUGAAAGUAAUUUCUCUAAUUGGUGAUCAAAAUGUAAAAUUUAAUAUGAUACUAAUAUCUCACUGGAGUGUAUACAUGUUUCUGAGUAAUUUUUUAAAAAUAAAACUUACAGAUUCAUAAGCAGAUCCA